AUGGGAUGUUAUGCCGAUUAUGAGAGCCAAUCACAGCAAUACGUGGUGAGCAUAGAAAUGCAUAUAAUCUGUGGCUACUUAGUCUUAAUGUGGUAACUCACAUCAUGUUGAUAGGCCACACUGUAAAAAUCAACUUAAUCUAUUCUGCCUUUGACUUCAUUUUACAUCACGAGCCACAACUCUCCUACAGCCGGGGAGUCACUAUAAUUACUGGCAUUUGCAUUGUGACCAGGUAUUAGUGCAUAGAAUAAUGUUUAGUAGUGCAACUUUUGUAAAAGCACACUCACUGUGGUCCCCUCAGUGCAAAGCCACGGAAAUAUGUAGGAGGUGGAGUUUUUGCAAGAGUAUUCAGGAUGAGAUGGUUUUGAAACAUAACACACAGGGCUUUCCAAAGGGACUCAUUGCUCAAACGCCUCUUAAAAUGUAAGGGUGUGGCUGAGCUUAGCAUUUCGCCUUCAGACAUGUAUAUACUACCUUGUUCUUCCCUGUAUAUUGCUUUGUACAGUCUGUGUUGGUGAUUAUACUAUAGGUAAAGAAUAAAAUCCCAUUGGCUCUGAAGAGGUUUUACUUCAUGAGAUUACAAAUUGCUUACACUGAAAAUAACCAGUCUUGCACCGCACAACACCUUAAAAAGCAUUGGUCUGUUUGUGUCAAGCCUAACAUUCUGGGAGCAAUCUAUCCUGGCCAAUAUUAUCCCACUUCCAACCGUAGAGGCUAAUUUAGUGCAAAGCAUAAGAGCUUACAUUUAUUCCCAGCAAUUAACCAUAUCACUAAUGCUCAAACUGACUUUCUUGCACUUCAGGUCUGUCUACUGUUAAAAUCAAAAGGCCUGUUAGUUUAAAUGCAAACAGCUGGAUUUAAGCAAUUUGUGGAUCACAGCAUGCAUUGCACAACUGGUUAUUCAGAUCUUCCUCAACAAGGCAGCCUGCAAUCUUCCCCAGUCUACUCAAGGUUGGGGACAAGACUCUGGUUUUUUUGAGGUGUGAUGCCAGAGUUGGGUUCCCAGGCCAGAGUUGAAAGCGCAGCAGUCUUUGUUGUUUUUAUUCCACAGGCAUGGAACCCUCUAGUUACUAGUCUAGUAGGUACUUGAUGGCAUUUGAAGGUCAGAAGUCAAGCACAUCUUGUACUAGAGAUCAAAUGCAGCAUUUAACCCUCACUGCUACAGGGGCAGUAAGGGGCAGACAGAUUUAUAAGUGCCAGUGCUUGACAAUCUUGGCUAAGCUCUGCUACUAUCCUUGCAGCUUUGUCUUAAUAGGUGGUGCAACUCAGAACUUUGAGGGGUGGCAUUCCCUGUUGAAAAGUCGGAGCCUGUCCUGAGGAUCUCUUUAGUGAGCUCUCAGCACAGGAACCAACUCCUAGGGGCUGAGGUCCCUUUGCACUCCUCCCAAGUUGAUGGGCAUUGCCAUUCAAAUGGUGGGCGUGUGCUGCAUCAUGUGAUUGAUUAGGUGGGGCGGGGCUUACCUAAGCCCCCCACAAUAUUUUAGUCAAGUUGCCACCCCUGGCUCUCAGGAAGCGUUCCUGUGGUAGAGCACAUGCGAUGCAUGCAAGAGGUCCCUGGUUCAAUUGUUGCGAAUUCACGUUGGGCUGGGAAAACACUUCGUCCUCGAACUCUGAGGAGCCGCUGCCAGUAGUGUAGACCAGUACAGUGGUACCUCGGGUUACAUACACUUCAGGUUACAGACUCCGCUAACCCAGAAAUAUUAUCUUGGGUUAAGAACUUUGCUUCAGGAUGAGAACAGAAAUUGUGCAGCAGCGGCAGCAGGAGGCCCCAUUAACCAAACUGGUGCUUCAGGUUAAGAACAGUUUCAGGUUAAGAAUGGACCUCCAGAACGAAUUAAGUUCUUAACCCGAGGUACCACUGUACUGCGCAAGGUGGCCCAACGGCCUGAGUCAAUACAAGGCAGCUUUCUCCUGUUGCAUUUUUCCCCCGGGGGGUGGGGGAAAGAAGAGACGACCAAAGGCAAUCACUUUCCCGAAUGGCCCUGUAUAAAUUGGAGAGUUGGGCAGGAUCCGCCCUACGAAUUCCACCACGUUGCUCAGAGUCCUCAGCCGCAGACGCAGGCGGCUCAUUAGGGAAGCAGCGAUUUCGGAGAGCUCUGACCGCACCACACGCACCCGCCCGGGAUGCCUCGGCGGGCGAUGCGCACGCGCGAAACAUUCCGCGGCCCUCUCGCGACUGAGCCGUAGCGGACGUGCGGUUCCAAGCCUCGCUUGGAAUUUUGGAACGUUAUUGCGGCGUCCGGCGCCAUGGCAACCCCGCUGCCCUCUUCUCUCACUCCGCCACCGCCGCUAGGCAUCAUGGGAAGCGCCCGCACUCAGGAAAACGCCCCUGCUUUAUCCAUGGAGCCGCACGGCUCCCUCCCAGAGACUUGCCCUAGCAGAGCCCCGCCUCCUCGCCGUCGGAGAGCCAAUGAGAGAGACGAAGGCUGCCCGUUGGCCUCGGCUUCCCGGCAGCCGGCGCGUUCGAAACGGCCAAUCGCUGCUCGGAGAGGCGAAUUUAAAUCGUGAAUGGCGGAAGGGCUCGGCAGAGUUUCCUCCAGAUCGAGAAAAAAGGUGAGUCCGGUUUGUUUGCCUCUAGGCGGCCCGCUGCGUCGCUGCUGUGGCUCUUGGAGCCUCUCCGCACCCGCCUGGCUUCCCUCGAUCUCCUCGCCGCCCGUAGGGCUUUUUCCUGCCCCCCAUCUCCGCCGCGUGGCCCGGGGUGGGGCUGCCCACCCUGCACGGGGAGCUUCCCGGGGCUGGGGCUGGGGCUGGGUGGAUGGGUGGUGCAGUAGACCACGCCGAGAUAGAAAGAAGGUACCCCUGCCACUCUUUUUAGUGCCGCCGUUGAAAACGGCUGGGGUCGCAAGGCAUCUUAUAAAAGCAGUGCACCCUUUCAGGAAACCUCCGGGGGUCGUAAAGUACGAAGAAACUUCCUUAUUGCUACGUCGUUUCCACUUAGAUGCAGAACCUGUGUCUUCAGGUGGAGGCUCCCAUGGGUCGAUGCUGUUGCAUGGGGCGCAGAGUCGGGGAGUUCCUUUGCAUUCAGAAAAGUAAAUUUUGAUGGGAAUGGAGUGCAAUAUGGCCUUUCUUGAAAAACGCAGCUUUCUAUAUAGAGGAGCAUUCAAAUGUGUGAGCCUCCAUCUGAUCCGAAUUUAGACUUGCUAGCUUAGGGCUAGGCCAAACUGACUGGGAAUGGGGAAUAACACGCGUGCUCACCCAACCCUACUGCAGAUGUGUAUUGCAUGGUCUCUGUUGGCCUUUUGUUUGCAGCUGCUAUUUAUUUUAUCUGGCUUUAUCCUCACAGCGCCCUAUUCACAUGGCACAGUUCCUGUUUGAGAGUGACUUGCACGGGCUGUUGAAGCUAGAUGCCCCUAUUCCCAAUGUCCCUCCUGCCCGAUGGCAGCGCAAAGCCAAGGAGGCUGCUGCCGCCAGCUCUGGACAUACCCCAGAUGCUGCAGCUCCUUCACCCAUGAAGCCAGCUAACAGACCUCACAGCACAAGCAAGACCCCCUCCAAGACACCAGGUAAGACUCCUGUUGUAUCUUAUGAGGGUGAGGACACAUCUUAAUGUUUGAGGCUAUGGGUUGACCUAGCAUAUGUCAUUAGCUUGUCUUGUGGUUUUCCCCCAACUAGAUGUUGGGAGUGGCCUAUCCACUACAGUGGUGCCCCGCAAGACGAAUGUCUCGCAAGACGAAAAACUCGCUAGACGAAAGGGUUUUUUGUUUUUUGAGCUGCUUCGCAAGACGAUUUUCCCUAUGGGCUUGCUUCACAAGACGGAAACGUCCUGCAAGUUUGUUUCCUUUUUCUUAGCACCGUUAAUACAGUUGCGACUUGACUUCGAGGAGCAACUCAUAGCACGCAGUGUGGUAGCCUUUUUUGAGGUUUUUAAAGACUUUGGUGAUUUUUGAAGCUUUUCCAAAACUUUCCCGACACCAUGCUUCGCAAGACGACAAAAAUCGCAAGACGACAAAACUCGCGGAACGAAUUAAUUUCGUCUUGCGAGGCACCACUGUACAUUCCUUGAUGGCACUGUGGAAUAGUCACAGAAGUACUCCUUUCUAUGAAUCAAAACUUAUCUAUCAAUAGAUGCAAUAGAUUUUUUGCUGUUUCUCCAUCUUGUAGGCAAGUCUGGUUCUAAAGCACAAAACACUCCAAACAAAACUGGAGGGGACAGAUACAUUCCUAAUCGCAGCGCUAUGCAAAUGGAUGUGGCCAGCUUCCUCUUGACAAAAGAGGAGUCCUCUGAUGAUACUCCCACCAAGAAGGUGAGUUUGUGAUAUUAAAGAACUGUUCCUCGUGCAAGCCAUAUAGAAAUGGUGCAGGGAGAUAUUGACACCCAAUAAUUGGCAAAGCAGGCUUCCUGACAGUAGGUUAGCAGCUGUAAAGAGACAGGUGAUAAUACAUGCUAGAUUUCUGAAACCCAGCUUUUAUACAGGCCAUUUUGCUCAUAUUAGCUACAAAAUCAAGAAUGACCAGUACACAAUCCUAGGCUGUGAUUUAUGGGUAGCUAAGUAAAUAAGCUAUGUGAUACAGGGCAGGAGAGCCUAUUUCAGCCCAAAGAUUGGAUUUGAACUUGUCCACAUUUCCAGGGGUUGCUUUCUAGCAGUAGGAAGGGCAAACCAAACAAAUUCCACAAGAGAGAAAAUGCAUGUGCCUCUUCUCUCCCUUGUCACAAGCAGGUAGCACACAUGUAUGCUUGCACCUCUGCUAGCUCUUUAGAGAGGAUCUCUUAAGUUCAUGCAGAGAGAUUGUAUCUCCAAUCUUAGUGUUAAGCAUCACAUCCAAGAUCAGAGUUUUUAGGUAAAAGGUAGCAUUUCUCCUCAUGCCCCCUCCAGUGCCAGUGAGGGUGGAUGGAAAUGCUGCCCUUUACUCUUAUCUCCAAUCUUAGGAUGGUGGUGUUUAGCGGAUAAAAUUACAGAAGACUGACAAAUCUUCACCUGCUUCCUGCUUUACAGUAUAUUGGCUUGUGUGGGUGACGAUGAGGUAAGAUGUUAUGCCAUACAAACCUUCCAGCUCUGAUUUGGCUCUUGUUGCUCAUGUCAGCCUGCAGGCAUAUAAUUGCUUAGCUGUCUAUACUGUAAGAGCAAGGGAGCUGGGAACCUUUGGCCUUCCAGAUGUUAUGGGACUCAAAACUCCCAUAAGUCCCUGCCAGCAUGGCAUGUCGCUAGGGCUGAUGGGAAUUUGAGGUCAGCAACAUCUGGAGGGAUAAUAGGUUUUCCAUUCCUGUUGUAUGACAAACUACUAAUUCAUUUUUAUUUUUUUAAUGGGACUGCUUUUCCAACCCAAGGAGCAUCAGAAGGCCUGGGCAAUGAACCUGAAUGGCUUUGAUGUAGAAGAGGCAAAAAUCCUGCGACUGAGUGGAAAGCCUCAGAAUGCCCCUGAAGGUAGGACCAGAUGCUUUCCUUGUGGGUGAAAGACACUGAAGGUAUUUUUGUUGUUUAGUCGUGUCUGACUCUUCGUGACCCCAUGAACCAGAGCACGACAGGCACUCCUGUCUUCCACUGCCUCCUGCAGUUUGGUCAGACUCAUUUUAGUAGCUUCGAGAACACUGUCCAACCAUCUUGUCCUCUGUCAUCCCCUUCUCCUUGUGCCCUCUAUCUUUCCCAACAUCAGGGUCUUUUUAGAUGGUAGAAAUAGCAAGGAUUCUAAAGGGAUGCCCUAAAUGGCUUUGGCCCAGUAUACCUAAAGGAGCGUAUCCACUGCCAUCGUUCUACCCGGACACUGAGGUCCAGCUCCCAAGGCCUUUUGGCAAUUCCCUCCACGCAAGAAGUGAGGUUACAGGGAACCAGGCAGAGGGACUUCUUGGUGGUGGCGCCCAUCCUGUGGAAAGGCCUCCCACCAGAUGUCAAGGAAAUAAACAACCAUCUGACUUUUAGAAGACAUCUCAAGGCAACCCUGUUUAGGGAAGUUUUUAAUGAUUGAUGUUUUAUUGUGUUUUUAAUGUUCUGUUGGGAGCCGCCCAGAGUAGCUGAGGAAACCCAGCCAGAUGGGUGGGAUAUAAAUAAAUUAUUAUUAUUAUUAUUUUAUUAUGCUAUGGUGGUGCUUCCUGAUAAUCUAGUUCAUGCGGAUGGCACCCUCGCCCUGCUAUGCUGUGACUUCAGAGUGAGAAUUGUUCAAGGCAAUGAUGCCUUCCUGAGUGGUAGGAAAGUAGUAUUGCCAGUCUGCAGCCUAGCAGUGACUCUGGUUUAUAGGCUGCCACUUGUGUAAUUCUGUAUUAUGCUAGUAAAACAAGGUGGUUUGCUUGCAUUUUGUUCAAGCUAUUAGGAUUGUGCUGGUUCAGGUCACCAACCAGAACCCAUAGUCUUUCACAUGAAACAGCAGCAGGGAAGUCCUUUCUUGAAUUAGGGUUCUCCUUUUUAAAAAAAAAUAGGAUUAACCUCCUUGAUGCAGUGCGCCCUUGUACAUGUUUGUUUGGAGGUUCCAUUUUCCUCAGUGGAGCUCUCUCCUACAUAUGUAUGCAAAGGGUUGCACCCUUAGCUUGAAAGAGCAGCAUACCUCAAGUGCAGUGCCUGUGAGGAGGAAGCUUCUCUUGCAGAUGGUUUGAUCUGUUCAUGGUGUGGUGGUGGCCUACCGCAGUUGCUUUGCAUUUUGACAGAAUUAGCUGAAAACCCAGAUGUGUUAGAAGACUUAUUAGGCCUUUCAGCAGCUGGGGUAAAUGAGUUGAAACUAGAUCUAUGUCAACUACAGUGGAAGCAAAUACAUGGUUGACUUUGGUUUGGGCUGCGUAAUCAUGGUCACUCUUCCCCACCCCAGGAUACCAGAACAAUCUCAAAGUGCUCUACAGCCAGAAGAACACACCAGGCUCCUCUCGGAAGAAUGGUAGAUACAUAGCCUCCAUGUCAGACCGUAUUCUGGAUGCCCCAGACAUCCGCAACGACUACUGUAAGUAGCUACAGUGCUUGUCUUUUAUAGGAUCCCUGUCAGUUCUGCGAUGAUGUAACGUGUUGCAGAAGACUUAUGCCUCCAUGUGGUAUUUGCCUUGGCUACUGUGGAUGGAGAGGGAGGGGUUGUUAGAGGAAUCGGAGCCAUGUCAGGCCUUACAAUGGGGGGUGGGGAGGUGUGCAGAGGAGGAAGGGGCUAGUGGCGAUUCAUCUAUUGUUUUAGAUCUGAACCUCAUCGACUGGAGCGCCCUCAACUUCCUGGCUGUGGCUCUGGAUAAAACAGUGUAUCUGUGGAACUACGAGUCCCGAGAAAUAAUCCAGCUCAUGCAGAUGGAACACCCAGAUGACUACAUCUCCUCUGUGUCUUGGAUCAAAGAGGGAAACUACCUUGCAAUUGGCACAAGUAACGCAGAGGUUCAGGUAGGGGUUAUGCCUCUUUAAUGACUUGAUUAAGCAUUGCUGACUUGACUACUUGCCAAGGGGCAUGGUUUAGAGAUACUCAUGAUCUCUACCAGAAGUUCAUAGAAUCUUAAGAGUUGGGAGGGACCCAAGGGUCAUCUAGUCCAACCCCCUGCAAUGCAGAAAUCUGUGUUAUGUGGUUAUUCUUUGGGGCCACGAGCUACCAGCAGGUACCCAGCAGGUUGUGGGAACUACUGAAGUGUGGGUAUGUUCAUGGUUGAGGCAUGACUGAGCCUCCUUGAGGCAUGACUUUGAGGGCCAUGGCUUGGUUGCAUUUCUCCAAUUGAUUUUAAAUGGUUUCGGCAAAGUGGGCUUGUCUUGGUAUAUACUCUUCUCCAUUUCCAACCCCCCUGGCAAUACUCGAGUUUAGCCAGAUGGUUGUACUAAUUAUUGUCUGUGGUGUUUCUAGUUAUGGGACAUCCAGCAGAAGAAGCGUCUACGAAACAUGGUCAGUCACUCAUCCCGUGUGAGCUCCCUGAGCUGGAACAGCCACAUUCUAUCCAGGUAUGGCCCAAAUCCCAGACAAAGGGAUUCAUGAGAGCAUUACUUGCUUAGGCUCAGCCUAUCUGCAGGACUGCAUUCUUCUAUACAAACCUGGCUAUGCUCUGAGAUCUUUGAGGGAGGCCCUUCUGUCACGCCACCCUCACAAGCAUGUUUGGUGGUGAUGCGGGUGGGGCUUCUUGAUGGCUGCUUGCAGACUUUGGAGCCCCCUUCCUAGAGAGGCCAGACCUGGCUCCCUCCUUGUCCUUCUGCUGGCAGGUGAAGACUUUUACUCCAGUAGGCUUCCGAGAACUGUUUUUUAGGAAAGGGCUUUUAAUAGUAUUGUUGUUUCUACUAGUUUUUUAAAAAUAUUUUUAUGUAGUUUAAUAUUAUUGUUUAAUUUCCAUUUAUUAUCUUUUAUGUGUGUAUCACUUUAUUGUCUUUAUUCAUGCUUGAGGCCUGGUUCUGGGGGGAAAGGCAGGAUAUAAAUAUAACAGCAGGAGUACAGCAAAACUGCCUUCUCUGGAACUUUUUUUUCUUUCCUAAGUGAAGAGGUGAUAUUGGUUGUCCUUAGCACUUGAGUUUGGGUUUAUAUACUAAAUCUUAUGCCUCUCUUAACAGCGGGUCACGGACCGGUCACAUUCAUCAUCAUGAUGUUCGUGUGGCAGAGCACCAUGUGGCAACACUUGCUGGCCAUACGCAAGAAGUGUGUGGGCUCAAGUGGUCACCUGAUGGUCGCUAUCUGGCCAGUGGAGGAAAUGAUAACCUGGUAAAUGUCUGGCCAAGCAUCCAAGGGGAUAGUGGAUCAUUUCAGCCUGUGCAGACUUUCACGCAGCAUCAAGGAGCUGUUAAGGUAAGUAGUUCUUUAUGUAGGAGGCACUUGACAUGUUGCUGUCAAUAGGGAAGAUUAACCUAAGACACCUUUCUUCUAGGCUGUAGCUUGGAGUCCAUGGCAGUCCAAUGUGCUGGCAACAGGAGGUGGAACAAGUGACCGGCAUAUAAGGAUCUGGAGUGUGUGCUCAGGUACCUGCCUCAAUACAGUGGAUGCACAGUCUCAGGUAGGUUCACCUAGUAUUCUCAAUGGAAAAUAAAGAGCAGUUCAGCAUUGGAUACUAAGCUGAUGCUCAGUCUCUUCAAUUUAUACAUGAGCAUGUAUUUGGGCUCUUGGUACUCACUGUUUUAUGUCUGACAGGUGUGUGCAGUACUUUGGUCUACAAACUACAAAGAACUUGUGUCUGGUCAUGGCUUUGCCCAGAACCAGCUCGUGGUAUGGAAAUACCCAUCCAUGUCCAAGGUCACAGAGUUAAAAGGUGAGUUCAGAUAGAUGGUAUGGAAAUGGCUGAAGUACCAGAUUUAGCCAACUUCUAAUUUGUGGGUAUUGCUGCCACACAUGCAUUGUUCCUUCCACUUGUCUGCUGGAAAUGGCACACCUUUCUUUUUAAUAUUCCCCAGGUCACACAGCUAGAGUGCUAAGCCUGACUAUGAGUCCAGAUGGGUCCACAGUGGCAUCAGCAGCAGCAGAUGAAACACUGAGGCUCUGGCGGUGUUUCGAGCUGGACCCAGCCCGUAAGAAGGAGAAAGACAGCAGCACCAAGAGUAGCAUUAUCCAUCAAGGCAUCCGCUGA